GGUGUGGCUUCUUCACUCCCUCCUCUCUCUCUUAUCCAUCACAGAAAACCCAUCAAAAGCCAAGCCCUUCUCUACCCACUUCUUCUUCUUAACACUCGUUCAACCCUCGUCUCAAAUUCAACAACACCAUUAAUUAGCAGCUAAUUAAUGGCGUUGUCGAGUCCUCAGUUGCAGAGAUUCCUAUCCAACUCCAACCGAAUAGACUUGUGCAACUAUUAUGGCUACAACAAAACCACUUCUAGUACCAAGAAGAAGAACAACAUCAACAUACCAGUCAAGGGAAGAGGAACCAGGUGUUGCUCUGCAAUCGCAAUCGAUGCGCCGUCGUCGUUGUCCACCGGUGUGGCCGGCGUUAGAUGGGGUUCCACACGUUUACAGGGUGCCCGUGAAGAGAUGGAAGAUGAUGUUGUUAUUGUCCGGUCCGAUGACCUCGGUGGUUUCUCAUUUGCUGCUGUUUUUGAUGGACAUGCUGGCUUCUCUUCCGUCAAAUUCCUCAGGGAUGAGCUUUACAAAGAGUGUGUUAAGGCUUUACAAGGUGGGUUGCUGUUAAGUGGCAAGGACUUCAACAGCAUUAGAAAGGCAUUAAAGGAGGCUUUUGAAAACGCCGAUGCAAAAUUGUUAAAUUGGCUUGAUGAGAACGGAGAGGAAGUCGAAUCUGGUUCAACAGCUACUGUUAUGUUCCUUGGAAAUGAGAAGAUCUUUAUUGCACAUGUUGGUGACUCGUGUGUGGUUUUAUCGUGCACUGGUAAAGCAGAAGUAUUAACCAAUCCUCAUCGACCCUAUGGAAGCAAUAAGGCUUCUCUUCAAGAAAUCAGGCGGAUCGGAGAAGCAGGUGGAUGGAUUGUCAAUGGGAGAAUUUGUGGAGACAUCUCAGUAUCCCGUGCUUUUGGCGACAUGCGAUUUAAGACAAAGAAGAAUGAGAUGCUGGAGAAGGGAGUUAAGGAAGGGAGAUGGUCACAAAAAUUUGUUUCUCGAAUAAAAUUUAGUGGAGACUUGGUUACGGUAACUCCCGAUAUUUUUCAAGUUCCUCUUGGCUCAGAUGCAGAAUUUAUAAUAUUAGCAUCUGAUGGCUUAUGGGAUUACAUGAACAGCUCAGAAGCAGUUAAUUUUGUUAGGAAUCAGCUUCGGCAACACGGAGAUGUUCAGUUAGCUUGUGAGGCACUUGGAAGAGCAGCUUUGGACCGACGCUCACAAGAUAAUGUCAGCAUCGUCAUUGCUGAUUUGGGGAGGACAGAUUGGCAAAGUUUGCCUCGUCAGAAGGAAAAUUUUGCUUAUGAACUGGGCCAAGCUUUUGCUACUAUCGGGAUUGUGUCAUUAGGAAUAUGGAUGUCAUCUCUGCUUUCUACAUGAGUUUUCAAGCCUCCUGACUUUGUAAAUAAAUCCUCACAGAUUUCCAAUAUAUUUUGUAUCUAGAUAUAUUUUGUAAUUGUACAUGUAUCGCAUCUUAUUGAUAUUAAUAAAUGUGUCUCAGAAGAAUCUCAAAUGAUUGUCAUUUACAUUCA